AUGUCUCCUGGUCCACAUCCUUCUCCCCUUCUAGCGGCACCCCCUCUGAACUCUCUGGAGCCCGUUCCAGCACUUAUUCGACCCCCGGGCAGUGGGACCUGGUGUCUAUUUGUGCAUAAUAUUGCUCCCGAUACGGAAGAAGCAACGCUGUGGCGACUAUUCGGUCCAUUCGGCGCUGUGAGAUCUGUGUCAGUGGCGAGAGAACAUGGACCUGGAUCAAAAUGUCGGGGCUUCGGGUUUGUGAACAUGGUCAACUACGAGGAAGCCGUGCACGCAAUACAACAUCUGAAUGGGUGA